AUGAACAUUGCUAAUAUACCAAAGCUUCAAGGCGGAACCAAAUUGCAAGUAGGAAAGCACCAGGUCACCAUUGUCAAGUAUAUAUCGGAAGGCGGGUUUGCUCACAUUUACGAAGUAAACAUAAACUAUCCAGAGAAUGAGACCAAGACAGCUUGCUUAAAGAGAGUUAUAGUUCCCGAUAAGAAUGGCUUAGAUCAGUUGAGAAAGGAGGUGGAAGUAAUGAAGUGUUUACGAAACGCUCGGAGUAUUGUUUCGUAUUAUGACUCUCAUGCCGAAAGACUAGACAACGUCAAUUACCAAGUCUUGGUUCUAAUGGAACUUUGCCCCGGAGGAUCCUUGCUAGACUUUAUGAAUGCAAGAAUCAAGGUCAAAUUGAAUGAAGCAGAAAUUCUCAGGAUCAUGUUGGACGUUUGCCAAGGUGUCUACGAAAUGCACAGAACACAAUUGAUCCAUCGCGAUAUCAAGAUUGAAAACGUUUUGAUUAACAAACAAGGAAGCUUUAAACUUUGCGAUUUUGGCUCAACAUCGGUUCCAGUCGCGCCUCCUCGGGAUCUGCAGCAGUUCAAACUCAUAAGCCACGAUAUACUUUACCACACAACGCCUCAAUACCGUGCACCUGAAAUGGUUGAUCUUUACAGAGCAAAACCCAUUGAUGAAAAAGCAGACAUUUGGGCUCUUGGAUGUUUUCUUUUCAAAUUGUGUUACUAUACAACCCCCUUUGAAGCAAAUGGCGAUAUAGCAAUUUUGCAUGCUUCGUUUCUGUUUCCUCCAUUGCCACAGUUUUCUGGUGACUUGAAAAAUUUGAUUAUCAUAAUGCUUCAGGAGAACUCAUUAUAUCGUCCAAACAUUGUCCAAGUGUUGGUGUUGAUUUGCAAGUUGUCAAACAUAAAGUUUGAGACUCUUGGGUUAAAGGAUUUUUACAAUCUAGGACCAUACAGCUUUGAAACGUUACAAGAGUAUCAACUAAAAAAGCAGAAUGAAGCACUACAUGAAAAGCAGUUGUACGCUCAACAGCAGCGUUUGAGAGAUCCAAUUGAGGGCCAUAACCCAUUUUUGCCCCAAGUUCAGCCUGAGCCAGCUCCUCCUGUUGAACAGCAAAAACUGCAACCGCAAAAACAACCACAACCACAACUACAACAAACAGUGCCAGUGCCAGUUGAAAAUGCUCCACAGGCAGUCCAUGGCGAUCAACUCGAUCCCAAAUCCAUCGAGCGUGAUGAGUCCAACGCGGAUGUUUUGGUGUCUCCAAAUUCCCUCGUGGGAUUUAGUCUGGAGGAGAGCGAUGAGUUUUCAGAACUAGACCAGCUUGGCGAUGCAGAGGAAAGGUAUCCAUCGUUAGAACACUUGGGACUUGAAAAGCCAACUAGCGAUUCGUCAAAAGUGUCGAAGGGAUCAAGCGGUUCUAAACAUGGAGAGGCAGUCAAAGAAAAUCCAACAAAUCAGAAGAGUAGUUCAGUUGAUGCACGGGAUGCACAGCCAGCAAACAUUGAAACAGAAGCUGAAAAAUUGGCUGACGACAUUUUUGCUGCAAGUGGAGCUCUGAACUCAAUGCCAGAAGGUUUUUCUCAGGUGCACGGGCCCGAAUUAACAGAAGCCAAAAGUGGAUACAUUUCAGAUCCCGCGGGUCAAUUCUCAAGUAACGCCAGAAACAAUACCGACAUGGCGACCUCGACAACGGGGAUGGAUGCGCGUCAAAUGUCUCGGCCUGUCCAUUUCACAUCGACAAAGUCAGCAAACUACAUAAAACCUGACACUCAUAAGAACAAUAACCCUUGGAUUGGCAAGGAGUCCAAUCCAACACCACAAACAGCCACCAGUCCUUCGGAUGGCCACCACUUCACCGCAGUCUCCAAUAUUAAUACUACGCCAUGGGUUGAUCCUCAAGCUGUUCCACAUAAAGGUGCAAAAUCUCCAAACGAGGUCAGGUCUCCCACAUUGUCAGCUAUGCCGCAAUUUGCGCACCACAACACACAACAACCAGCACGCUCAGAUACGUCACACCACCCCCUCUCGCAACGCGAAAAGGAUUUGAUUGAUCUCGAAAUCGGUCUCCCCUCCUCGAAUACGUCUUCUUCCGAGUCAGCGUUGAACAAGCCAAUAGGGCCACUGAAAAAUAACUCCCACUUGUCUUUGAUUGAUAUGGAUGACAAUGACGAAAAAAGGGAUAAACAACCAGAGCAAAAGCUGCAAAAUGCAACCUCUCUGAAAUUAGACAAACCUGUGUUCAAGAAACGCAUAUCGUCUACCUCUAACCAUGCCCAGUUGCAUCUACAAGAAGAAGUCAUAGAUUUUGCCUCAGAUGAUGAAAAUCUUGAUAAUGGUUCUGACAUGAGUAGAAUGAAGAUUCGGAAUUCAUUGAAGAAGCCAAAAGGAGGCCGCAGGUCUGGUGAAUUGAAUCGGUCUGAAAGCUUACAAGAGUCUAGGAAACGCCAUUCAUUCUUUGGAUCAUAG